AUGACAACUUGUGUGGCAACAACAUCUACAACAUCACAAAAAUCGUUUGAUCUACAACAACAAUUUGUGAUGCAGGAUCAAGUUUAUCCUAAUUUAAGUAUGCCCAGGAAGACUCCUCUGAUUGAAACUUGUAAAAGAAAAAAUCAGUCAACAAGAGUUAUCUAUGAAGUGUUGCAAGAGGAAUUCACAAAUGAUAAAUGGGCAUGGCGUAAGUGUGGUCAGAAGUCAAUCAAAGGUUCUCCAUUUCCGAGGAACUACUUUAAGUGUAGUACAUCAAGAUUCUGCCAAGCAAAGAAAAUAAUUGAGAAAAGCCCAAAGAAUGAGAACUAUUUAUUUGUGUCCUAUUCUGGUCAACACAACCACGAUCCUCCUACAUAUCGCAGAUCUCUUGCUUUAUUUAACAAUAGUGCCAAAAACAAACUUCCAAAAAGCAUAAAUAUUGUGCCCAAAGUGUUAAACUUGAAUGCAUCAUCGUCCUCGUCCAAGCGUGCUAAGCGUUUCAAAGUUGAAGCCUCUUCAAUUAGUCAAACUGCAACUACACUUGAAAUUGAGAGAAACAAUAAAACGGUUGAUGUUGUCACGGAGAACAAAGACGAUGGUGAAGAGGAGGAGAACGCGUAUGACAAUUUUUUCAUGGGGUUUGAAGAAUUUCAAGAAGUUACUGCUUCCAUCUUAUGGGAAUGA